AUGAUGCUGUCGCGGUCCGCCAUCAGUCGAAAUGCGCCCCGUGCGCUCCAGAGUGCUAGCCGUCGGGGCAUGGCGUCUGCCGCUCCUCAAGGCCUCCAGUACGACGUUUCCGAGUCUGCUGGCGUGAAGGUUGCGAACAGAGAGCCUGCCGGUGUCACUGGUACCCUCGCUUUGGUUGCGAAGGCUGGUUCCCGCUAUGAGCCUUUCCCUGGUUUCUCCGAUGCCCUUGAGCUCUUUGCUUUCCAGUCUACGCUCAAACGUUCGGCGCUGCGGAUCACUCGGGAGGUUGAGCUGCUGGGUGGUGAAUUCUCCUCGACACAUUCCCGGGAGAACAUCGUUCUCAAGACCAAAUUCCUUGCAAACGACCUUCCAUACUUUGUGGAGUUGUUGGCGGAAGUUGCUUCCCAGACCAAGUUCCCUGGCUACGAGCUCGACGAAGUUGUCUCCAAGCUCCUCAAACUUAGACAGGUCGCUAUCGCCAAUGACCCUGAGGCCAUCGCUGUCGAUGCUGCUCACGGUGUUGCCUUCCACCAGGGCCUCGGUAACAGCAUCUCACCCUCCGCCCAUGUCCCGUACGAAAAGACCCUCUCCGCCGAGGCCAUUGCUGAGUUCGCAAAGAACGCCUACGCCAAGUCCAACAUUGCCCUCGUCGGUAGCGGUGUCAGUUCUUCGGAGCUCUCGAAGUGGGUUGGUGACUUUUUCAAGGGUCUGCCCAGUGCCGGCAACUUGAAGUCCGACGCCGCUUCCACCUACUACGGUGGUGAGCAGCGUAUCUCAACCAAGGCUGGCAACUCCGUUGUGAUUGCUUUCCCCGGUAGUGGUGCCUUUGGCACCGCUGCCUACAAGCCCGCUGCUUCCGUUCUCGCUGCCCUCCUCGGCGGUGAGUCCUCCAUCAAGUGGACACCCGGCUUCUCGCUCCUCAGCCAGGCUACCCAGGGCUUCUCGCAACUCGGCGUCUCAACCAAGAACUUCUCCUACUCUGAUGCUGGUCUCCUCGCCGUCUCUCUCAAUGGUAAGGCCGACCAGGUCGCCUCCGCCGGCAAGAGUGUUGUCGAUGUUCUGAAGAAGGCCGCCGCUGGUGAAAUCCCCGCCGAUGAGAUCAAGAAGGCCUCCGCCCUUGCCAAGUUCCGCGCUCUCGAGUCUGCCCAGACCCUUGAGACCGGCCUCGAGCUUACUGGCUCCGGCCUUAUCAAUGGUAGCAAGCCCUACCAGAUCGCUGAGGUUGCCCAGAGUAUUGACAGCGUCACCGAGGCGCAGGUUAAGGAUGCCGCCAAGUCCUUCCUCUCUGGCAAGGCCUCCGUCGCUUCCGUCGGUGACCUAUCCCAGCUCCCCUACGCCUCCGAUCUGGGUCUGACUGUUUAA